UUUGAUUUAAUUUAUCGCUUUAAAUACCUAAAAAAUGAUUAAGUCGAAAUAUUUUCGUUAUCUCCGUUAAAAAAGGCGAUUUCUAAUCGACCGGUUUUGAAAUUUAAGUUUUAACGCAAAUAGAUUCUUAGCAACAACGGUUUUGAAGGUUAAUGCUUGAAAAAAAAAGUUGCGGUUAUUAUCCGGCUCUGUUAAAUAAUGCAUUAGGGAUAUCGAAAAACGAAUACAAUUUCCUCGUUUUAUAAUCGCAUUGUUCGACAUAACCUUUAACGUAAAAAUAAAAAUUAAAUUAAAAUGCGGUUAUUUAACGUUUACUGGUUGCCUUAGCAACAAAAGGGAACAUUCUCUUUUUAAUCGCGCCAUCUCUUUCCAAUUAUUUCCCUCUUUGUUUACAUCUUAACGUCAAAUUAUAAUCGUUGCAACAUCUUGAACUUUCAUUGUUUGUCAAAAGUCUAUUUUUAAAUCUACUUAAAAUACAACUUGGCUUAAAUUCGCUUCAAUUAAACAAACUAAAUUUGCACAGUGUUAAUUUAUUUGCAAUGAGGACCAUUACGAGGAGAAUUAAUCGCCGUGAAUUGAAAAUUAAAAAAUUAAAAGUGAGCUUAUAAUAAAUAAUUUAAUGAAGUAGAAUGGCGAGAUAAGAUUUAGACUUUGAUUUGUUUUUAAAAAACUAUCUUUUAGCAAGUCAAGUCAUUGGUUAUGGCAUUUAAUUGCUUGUUAAGAGGUAGACCAAAUACAUCUUGGAUUCAAUUAAUGACCCGUACCGGAACAAAGAUGGAAGAAUAGAAAAAAAUGGCGAUCAUGCUUAUACAAAAAAAAAUUUGAGGUUAUCCCCACGUCAAAAUUGUCAAAAAAAAAUUUUAAUCAAAAUGUUAUAUUAUGUCGCGUUAUAAAUCAUCUUGGCGUUUUUUAAUCAAUUUAUACAAGUUAACGUUAAAGAAAAAGUUCUCAUCGCCACCGAAAGUGGUUUUAUUCGCGUUUUCAUUGUUAUGGUUGGACCCGUUCGGGAUUUACGAGAAAUUAACAAGUUCCCUAGACAAUGAGAAGUCGCCGAAAGGAAAUAUGUACUGGCAAAAAAUGACUCCGGAUCAAUUGGUCGACGAAGCGGAUAAAUUGUACUCCCGCGGCGAAUAUCUCCAAGUUUACGAGAUUUUAAAUCGGAUGAGAUACAACGGAAACCCCGAAGUGCAAUGGAGAAUUUGUCGCGUUUUGUUCAAAAUGUCCGGAGAUGAGAAAUUCAGUUCGAAUAUGCGGGAAGAAAUGAUUUCCGAGGCUUACAUCUUAAUUAACAUGGCGUUAUCUUUAGAUGACUCGAACGCGAACAUUCAUAAAUGGAUGGCGAUUAUAAUCGAUGCGAAAACGGGUUAUGACGGUGUAAUUGAAAAGAUCAAGUCUUACGAAACGAUUCGAUUCCACAUGGAACGAGCCAUUGAAUUAAAUCCCAACGAUAUGGUCGUUUUGUAUAUGCUAGGUAAAUGGAAUUACGAAAUGAGCCGUUUGACGCGGUUCCAACGUUGGAUAGCGAAAGUUUUUUAUCAUCACGAUCCGCCGAUGUCGCAUUAUCGGGAUGCUUACGAAUUUUUAAUGAGAUCCGCAGAGUUGCAAACCAACGAAUAUUAUAUACCUACGUUUUAUAUUUUGGGGAAAACGUGCAUUAAAUUGGGACACUUUUAUCGCGCGAGAUAUUAUUUGCAAUACGCCGCUUUUUUACCGCCGAGGACCGAUUACGAGGAGAAAUGUGCCCGAAAAUCAAAAUCGCUAGUUAUACAAUUGGAUAAAUACGAUUUAGCCAGCGAAAGUAUUUUUUACGAUUUUCCUAAUUUUACAGAUCAAAUGUAACCGAUUAAUUUACACAUACAUGUAUUUAUUGUACUUUUUAAUAAAAAAAUUAUCUCAAA